AUCUCCUCUUCCUUCUGGACAGCCACAACAUCCUGCCGCCUCCGUUUACGCGGCUGCAUCAAUUCGAAGCACCAUGGCGUAUUACGUGACGCCAGCGCCGCCUUCGAACUUUGAUCCCUGAUCCUCUCUUCCUUCCACAGCCGUACCAAGCCGAUCCCGACGACGGUGUUCGUGGCACACAGCAGGGUUACAACCUUUGCAACUCUACCACCGAGGGCCCCAAUUCCCUCUGCCAGACUGCGUUCAUCAAUCAUGCCGAUGAUUGGUGUGUUUGGGCGCCUCCCAUCCCCAACUCCACCAUCGGAGACACUGAGGGUGAAGAGGUCGCCUGGUGCACAAAGAAGGGCCGUGGUACCCGUAUCAUACCCGCUGGUGCCAUCACCGGCCUUCAGUUCAUGAAGACUCCCGGCUACCUCCAAAUUGUUGGCUUCAUCGACCAGACCCAGAUCAACAUUGCCGCCGACGACGGUGGAGGCGAGCUCGAUCCCCACGGUGCUGAUCUCCGUGGCAAUCCGCUUGGUGGUCUCGUGUACUCGAACGGCUUUCCUAGCAACGGCGGGAACAACAACAGCUUCCAACAGGUGAUCGAGUGGCACAAUUUCAUGGGAUCGGACCAGUUUUGCUUCAAGGUUUGCGACCCUGCUGGGUCGAAUGCGGCCAACCUGUGUCAGCACAUCUUUGACCGUAUUGGUGUCGCGUACAACUGCCCAAAUGCGGCCCAGAACGGCACAUUUGAGUCCUGCGAAGGCGACAACCAGGACCCUCCUGGUGUCUACACGACCAACGGCCAGGUCGUCACUUACAGCCAACCUCCUGAAUCCCUUGGCCCGAUUACGUCGUUGCCGUACACCCCGAAGAUCCCGGCGUCCUCGAACUGUGUCCAGUUCGCGUCGUCCGCGCUCUUCACGGACCUCGCUAGUACGACCACUUCUGGCUCCGGCUCAGCGACCGCGACUGGUAGCGGCGCUGGUGCCACAUCUACUGGUGCUUCCGCUAGUCGCUCCGGCUCUUCGAGUUCGUCAGCUGCUACUGGUAGCUCGUCAAACAAUGGCGCUGCAACGAUGUGCAUCUCGAUCUUGUCGACGAUUGGAGGUGUACUCGCCGCUGUCGCCUUCCUUUCUUGACGGCGUCAACUGUUGUCAUUCACGAUUCUCAUGACUGGACUUUCAAGGACCUCUGUAUGUACGCCUUAGGGAGGGUUGUAGUGACCACUAGUAGGGCUACGCUCGCAGCCGUUACUAUCAGUCCUGAAGCACGAUCGUUGUAUUCGUCGAACUGUCACAUUACACUAACUAUAGCGCACGGACUACUUAUUCCUCGCCUCUUGGCUUUUCUAGUUGCCAGGAAAUAUACCGUCAACUCAGUCUAGUAAUACGAUUUCCGUGAGCACUCACGGCGACGAUGUUAUGCGGCCUUGUCUAGGUGGAGCUCGGAAUGAAGAAAGCCUGAAACGAAGGCCUGAAACUUAAGACUUGUGUGGGUGGGCAACGUCGUGUAUACGAACAAUCGCCCGUGGUCGCCUGCCAAUUUAUGGAGUGGUUGUGUCGCGUGCUUGUUUGUCCGAAUGCAGCCGGGUUCAGGGGCCUGAGCUCGUGUUCACAACCCAAGUCGGUGCAAUACCGCGUGGAGUUGAUGUCGGAGAGUCUACUCGGAUGUAGCAGUCGGCUGCGAACGUGCGCGACUGCCUGCUAAGUACCGGAGGGCGAUGUACCUGGAGGUGAAACAAGGGACAGAUCAUGGGUGAGACGCGAGGCAUCAGCUUGCGGCCUGGGGGACAUGGAUGGCAAAGCAAUGAACAUGGGCUAAAACGGAGCCGUGCACUGCGGGCAGACGGGCCAAGGCCAUGGACGGCUUCGAUCAGCUCGAGUCCGCGUCUGCGCCUUCCAUAUCCGCCCACAGCCGCUACCCCAUCCGCUCCUACUUACACACCACAUCCACCUCGUCUCCGCUCGACGUCCCCCCCUUCUCUCUUUUGUCCGUCCACGCCUCCUGUCACUCCACACGCUCACUGCACCUCCUUACCAUCUGUACGAUCAUCAAUACACCAUCAUGGCCCCGGCCCCGAAGGCCAAAGCCCUCAAGAUCGGAAGGGCCCUCAAGAGGCUUCCCGCGCGCGUCGCGUCGGGCGGGAGGGGAAAUAGCAAUACGUUUGCGCCCUUGCCGGGCGAGGUGCCUAUCGUCAUGCUCAGAGUCCAGGUCCUCAGCUGCACCAAUUUGCUCUCAAAGGAUCGGAAUGGCUUCAGUGACCCUUUCGUAGUUGUCUCCCUCCUCGGAAACCGUCACCACACUUCUGUUGCGAAGCGCACCGUCAACCCCACGUACAGCCCUAAGGAUGCGACCUUCGACUUCCCCAUCCAUCUCUCCCUCGCGGACAAGCUCGGGGUCGUCGAGCUUGUCGUAUGGGACAAAGACGUACUCAAGAAAGAUUACCUAGGAGAGGCGUGGAUACCUUUGGAGGACUGGUUCCGGGACGGGAGCGCAUACGCCUUCGAUGAUAUGAACAACAAGCUUAUAUCGAGGAAUCUGGUGUCAACCCGUAACUCGACACAGGCUACUGGCAACAUCCAAGUCAAGCUCGGCUUCGUGCCGCCCGCGAAUACGGCCACCCUCAUGGACUUCGGCGAAAUUUACUCUGAACUUGUCAAGAGGACGCGCCCGAGCCUCGUUUCGGCUCCUCCGGUGCGUUCACAUUACCUGCCGCAUGCAUGUAUGCGCGGGGCGCGCGCGAGGCCGUCGAGCUGACUCGUCGCGUGCCACAUCAUAACGACAGACGGAAGGCAUUGGCACCAUCCGCUCGAAUCAGGACGGUCCGGCGUACCAAGAUGAUGGCCUUAGCUCAGACGACGAGGGGGACAGCGAAGAGGAGGGCGAAGAGGAGUCCCCACCCGGGAGUCACCUCGCCAACCUCUACAUUCCGCCCUCGCAGAUUUAUACCGCCGAGCCUGAGCAGGCUCCCCCACCACCGUCGUCCGCUUCCGCUGUGGAAACGCCCGUGACUCCUACUCCUGCCGCCGUUCAGAAGACGCCGCAAGCUUCCAAGCCGGCGUCGCCUGGGUUCAAGAUCCCAAGCAUGUUCCCGAAGAGGUCCAGCACCGCGCGCUCCCUCUCUGUUGACUCUGUCACGACGAUUACGACUAACCCAUCCGGAGGAUCAGGAACGACGACUGCGGCGAGCAGCACAGGAGUUCUUACUGCUCCCAGCUCAGGCGCGACUACGCCUCUCACCUCUGGUACGGCCCCCGGGGCGGUCGCUCGCCCGCCAAUGUCGCAGCAGAAGUCGAAGUUCCGAAAGUCCUGGAUCGCGAGGAACAAGGACUUCAACUUCAGCGCCGCGAAUGACAUCAUGGGCAUCGUAAUGCUUGAGAUCCAGGGCGCCAAGGAUCUGCCAAAACUGAAGAACAUGACGCGCAUGGGCUGGGACAUGGACCCCUUCGUGGUCGUAUCGUUUGGUAAGAAGGUCUUCCGAACGCGCGUCAUUCGCCACUCGUUGAACCCUCAGUGGGACGAGAAGAUGCUGUUCCAUGUCCGGCGAUACGAGACCACGUUCAAAGUGCAGCUCACCGUGCUCGAUUGGGACAAGCUGUCUUCGAACGACCAUGUCGGCGACGCGUCUUUUGAUGUUGCGAAGCUGCUUGCGGACGCACCCAAGAAGGAUGAGAACACGGGAUUGUACCCAGAUGAGGAGGACGGCAGGCGGUCCAUGACGGACUUCACACUGCCGCUCUCCACUGCGAAGGAGAUGCCCUGGGAGGCAAAGCACAACCCGACAAUCUCCAUCAGAGCAAAAUAUCAGCCAUACGACGCGCUUCGCCAGAAGUUCUGGCGCGUGUAUCUCAAGCAAUAUGACACCGAUGAUACCGGCACCAUCUCCCAUCUCGAACUCACCUCCAUGCUGGAUUCUUUAGGCUCCACCCUUUCUCACGAUACCGUCAACUCGUUCUGGACACGUUUCAACAAGCGUCCUCAAGAAGACGUGCUCAGUAUCAACGAGGCCAUCCAGUGCCUCGAGACCGAAUUGUGUCGGCCUGCGAGCGAGAAGAAACGCAUUGAUCCGGACGAGGGCAUCAUGGAUACGUCCGCUCCUGUCACACCUGCAGUCAUGAGCGGGUUGCAGGCGCAGCAGAACGUGGAUUUCGACCAACUUGACUUCUCUGGCGUCCCGUCCAACCAUGCCGCGCUCAGCAGCGAACGAGAGCCAGCAGAUAACCUCCCGAACGCUCUCCCCGCUCAUCCCACAGAGCCAAUGCAACAGCCUCUCGAUGCCGCCGCCCAGGGCUUGUCUACUACGCCACCAAACCGCCCCCCAUAUAUCAGGUCGAACGCCUCCUCAGACGCAGAGGAAUCGUCCAAUGGGUCAAACGGGUCACCCGACCCAUUCGUCGAGCGUGUCAUCAACAUCAAGAAUUGCCCAUUGUGCCAUCGCCCUCGGAUGAACUCUAAGGCUGAAGUCGACAUCGUGACCCAUCUGGCAGUAUGCGCGAGUCAGGACUGGGCGCGAGUUGACAAGAUCGUUGUGGGAAAUUACGUUACGGCGAACCAAGCCCAACGGAAGUGGUAUACUAAGGUCAUAUCGAAGGUCUCUGCAGGCAACUAUAAGCUUGGCGCGAACUCAGCGAACAUUAUCGUCCAGAACCGCCUGACAGGUCAGCUUGAGGAAGAGAAGAUGCAGGUGUACGUCCGAUUGGGAAUACGCCUGCUCUACAAGGGCUGGAAGAGUCGGAUGGAAGGUGCACGAGCACGCCGGCUCCUCAAAUCGCUUUCCAUCAAGCAGGGUCUCAAGUAUGACUCGCCUGAGUCCGCACGCGAUAUUCCCGCGUUCAUAGCGUUCCACAAGCUCAAUAUCGACGAAAUCCUCGAUCCGCUCGACUCAUUCAAGACCUUCAACGAGUUCUUUUACAGGAAACUAAAACCUGGCGCGCGCCCUGUGGAAUGCCCCGAUGAUCCCUACCGUCUAGUGAGCGGUGCUGACUGCCGCCUCAUGGUAUUCGCGACCGUCAGCGAGGCGACAAAGCUGUGGAUCAAGGGUCGCGACUUCUCCGUCGCCCGACUGCUCGGUGACGCAUACCGCAACGAGGCUGAGAAGUACAACGGGGGCGCACUGUGCAUCUUCCGACUCGCCCCGCAAGACUAUCACCGCUUCCACGUCCCUGUUGAUGGAAAAAUUGGCCCCAUGACGUACAUCACUGGCGAGUACUAUACUGUCAAUCCGCAAGCCAUCCGAACGGCGUUGGACGUGUAUGGCGAGAAUGUCCGCAAGAUCGUCCCGAUAGAUAGCCCUCAAUUCGGUCGCGUCAUGUGCGUAUGUAUCGGCGCGAUGAUGGUCGGAAGUAUCUAUACCACAGUGAAGGAGGGCGACUACGUUAAGCGAGGAGAUGAGUUUGGUUACUUCGCCUUCGGUGGCUCAACAAUUGUUGUGCUAUUCGAGAAAGGUGUCGUGGAAUGGGACGAAGAUCUGCUUAUCAAUAGUAGAGCAUGCCUGGAGACGUUGGUGCGUGUGGGUAUGGGUUUGGGGCGUAGUAAACGCAAACUAGUCACGGACGGCAAUGGCUCGCAGUAAUAUCACAAAUUCAUUGUAUACCAGUAGUACUGUACGGUCCUAGCUUUCUGUGUCACUCCGUAUCGUCGUCGAGAAGGCAUUUAGGCUCAGCGCUGAUACUUCAUCGUCUUCAAUGCCAUAGGGAUGCG